AGGGGUGACAGAUUUCCUGCGCUUUCCAAACGAUUGAGUAAAGUAGCCUACAACACAAAAGAAACUAAAAAUGAUGAACGGCAACGGAGAAAUUAACGGGUUCCAUAACUCUCUUAUUGAGGAGGACUGCUUCUUGUUUACAUCGGAGUCCGUUGGAGAAGGGCAUCCAGAUAAGAUAUGUGACCAGAUAAGUGAUGCGGUUUUGGACGCUCACCUGAAGCAAGACCCAGAUGCAAAAGUGGCUUGUGAAACUGUAGCCAAGACUGGAAUGAUUUUGCUGGCGGGAGAGGUGACGUCUCGUGCUGUUGUAGACUAUCAAAAGGUGGUCCGUGACACCAUAAAACACAUCGGCUACGACGACUCAUCCAAGGGCUUUGAUUACAAGACCUGUAAUGUUCUGGUGGCCCUGGAGCAGCAGUCUCCAGACAUCGCCCAGGGAGUUCACUUAGACCGCAGUGAAGAGGACGUUGGGGCUGGCGACCAGGGUCUAAUGUUCGGUUAUGCCACUGAUGAGACUGAGGAAUGUAUGCCACUCACUAUUGUGCUCGCACACAAACUUAAUGCCAAGUUGGCAGAACUGAGGCGCAACGGCACCCUGCCCUGGCUCCGGCCCGACUCCAAGACUCAGGUUACUGUGCAGUACAGACAGGAGCGUGGAGCCAUGCUGCCGGUGCGGGUCCACACUAUUGUAGUCUCUGUGCAGCACGAUGAAGACAUCUGUCUUGAUGAGAUGCGUGAUGCGCUCAAAGAUAAAGUCAUCAAAGUCGUGGUCCCCUCCGUUUAUCUGGAUGAUGAUACCAUCUACCACUUGCAGCCCAGUGGCCGCUUUGUCAUUGGAGGCCCUCAGGGUGACGCCGGCCUGACUGGUCGUAAGAUUAUCGUGGAUACCUAUGGAGGUUGGGGAGCCCAUGGUGGAGGAGCUUUCUCUGGAAAGGAUUACACUAAAGUGGACCGUUCUGCUGCGUACGCUGCCCGCUGGGUGGCCAAAUCUCUAGUGAAGGCCAAACUGUGCAGGCGUGUUCUUGUGCAGGUUGCUUAUGCCAUCGGAGUGGCUCAUCCUCUUUCCAUUUCCAUCUUCCACUAUGGCACAUCCCAAAAGAGUGAGCAGGAGCUGCUGAAAAUAGUCAAGAAAAACUUUGAUCUUCGUCCAGGAGUGAUUGUGAGGGAGCUGGAGCUGAAGAAGCCAAUAUAUCAGAAGACUGCUGCGUACGGCCACUUUGGCCGUGACUCUUUCUCUUGGGAAGUGCCCAAAAAGCUGCACUACUAAACCUUUUGUUAAGGUUUUUCCUCUCUAGGCCUGUUGGUGUAUUCUACAGAGAAGCCCGCAUGGCUUGUGGGGAGAAGCCAUUAUUCUGGUACAAGUCCUGCUGGUCCAUCUUUUUCUUUCAUUUUCCCAUCAUAUUGCAUCAUCAACCAUUGCACUUGUUCAUCAGCAUUAGGAUAAAGGAAGUGUACGACACAGAUUAAUGUGUUAAUUUUAAAUUUAGGAAUUGUAAACUGGUUGGCCAGUAUUAACUAUGGCUUUUGAUUUUAUGCACCACUUUUUACCACUGUAUUAUAAGCAUUCCCAACCAUUUUUAGUUCUUUUAAACAAUGUGUAUUAUUUAUUAGUCUUGUCAUGUUUUACUCUGGAGGUCAACUGUGAUGCUGUGUGUUGCUGUUCUUGGUCUCUUCCCUAGUGCUCUGUGGUUCCCAAGUGUCUUACAGAAAAACUUUGGGGACCAGCCACAAGGAAAGUGUUUGCUGCAGUGCCUGGGUAUGCAGAGCCGCUUCUUUUGGCCAAUACUCUAAUGCACUGAAAGAUGAUAAUUGUAUUUCUUCUUUCACACUCUCGUCUUUUCUUGAACAGAGGGAUGGCAAUUUUGGCUGGUGUUGUACAGAGAAACUAGCCAUGUUUACAAGCAUAUUCUCUCUCUCUCUCUCUCUAUAUAUAUAUAUAUAUAUA